UUUCAAUCGUCCAUUAACUGCUUCUCGGAACCCAAGCUGCUUCUCUCCGACUACAAGAUCUCGCGACGUUUUUCGCCGAACUCAUCUCUUCGGAUCCCCUCUAAUCCCUUCUUCUGAUCGCAUUCCUAGAUCCAUUGAAUCGUUUUGGAUUCCUUGGCGAAUAACAUCUACUGUUGUUCUUGCUCCGGCGACGCACGCUUGCCAUCAUCGCUGAUCGUCCUCUAUCAUCAUCUCUGGAGGGGAAUCCACCGAUUGCCACUCCUGAAUUGUUGCUGAUCGUCUGCCGUCUCAUCAUCGCUGUUGGAUUUCCCUUAUAUAUUUUUUUUGGUUACAGAUCGGAGGUCAAGAAAGUGUUCCAUGACACAAUGCAAUGAUCUUUAGAGUCUAAGAUGUCAAGUGAAACAAUUAUACCAAAGGAAAAAAGUUUAAUAUUGGUUGCUGGCACUGGUUGGUUCAAGGUUGGAUGUUGUUGGUUUGGAUAUUACUGAUCAAGUAAUUCAACUACGAAGUUCACAGUUCUUUUCUGAAUCAAAUUUACUUUGGACAAAGAAAAAUGUGGUAAUUGAUUGUACAUUAAGUUCAUUUUUUUUUCUUUUUGAUAAUUAUCAAUAUUGGUAAUAGAAAGACCAGUGGAAGUGUUCAUUAUAAAUAUAACAAUACAGACUUUUACCAGGAAGAUGGCAUGAACUGAGUCAGUCUGAUAUGGAUCAGCUGUGCGAAUCAGUUCGAAAGUGGAUGAAGGCAGAUUCAUGGCGUUGGACUUUAGGAUUGAUAUAUAUUUUUGCAGUGGCCACAAUAUGGAUUGCUGCAAGCUAUAUAGUACAAUCUGUUGUUGACUCUGGUGUUUCUCCUUUCUUGGUCACUUAUAUCUGCAACUCAUUAUUUGUAAUUUACAUCCCUAUUGUCGAAAUUGGUCGGUAUUUUGAGAAUUCAAGUGAAAAAUUUAAAUCAUGGUUUACAUUCAAGAGUAAACCUGAUCUUCAGCAAUCUAAUGAUCUGGAGAAUGUAAAUCUUCUACAAGAUGGUGAUCAUAAGGUUCAUCGUCAUGUGGUCAGUCAUGUCAUGGUGGAAAAUACAUCAGAAAUUACUGUCAGCGUUCAAGAUCCAGAUAGCAUACUGUAUAACCGUAAUGGAUCAGUCUUUGAGCAAGGGCCAAUUGUUCUCAUUGAUGAUCACAGUAAACAAGUGGAUUCAAAGGGACGUUGGACUCGUACUCGCAUUGCUAUAGUCAGCUUGUUGAUUUGCCCCUUUUGGUUCUUUGCUCAACUAACCUUCAAUCUCUCACUCAAGUACACUACUGUCACAUCAAAUACUAUUUUAAGCAGCACAUCGAGCCUUUUCACCUUCUUGGUUGCCUUAGCUUUCCUAGGAGAAACAUUCACAUGGCUGAAGCUAACAGGUGUUCUGCUUUGCAUGGGAGGAACUAUAAUGGUGAGUCUAGCUGAUUCGAAGAAUGGAAUCAAUGUGGUUGCAUCAAAUCCUCUCUUUGGAGACAUUUUGGCUCUCUUUUCAGCUGCACUAUAUUCUAUUUAUAUCACACUUAUUCGUAAAAAGUUGCCGGAUGAGGAAAAAGGAGAAGGUCAAGUUAGCACCGCACAGUUUCUUGGAUUCAUUGGUCUAUUUAAUCUUAUCAUAUUUCUGCCUGUUGCUUUAUUUUUAUAUCUCACACGAUUGGAGCAAUUUAACAAGCUUAACUGGCAACAAUUUGGUCUUAUUGUUGGAAAAGGUUUAAUGGAUAAUGUGCUCAGUGAUUACCUCUGGGUGAAGGCUAUGCAAUUAACCACAACCACUGUCGCCACUGCUGGUCUCUCAGUUCAAGUCCCAAUGGCUGUAGUCGUGGAUAGUCUCAUUGGCAAAGCGCCUAACCUAUUGGAGUGCUUCGGAGCUGUUGCCAUUAUGAUAGGGUUUGUAGGGAUCAACAUCCCAUCCAAUGAUUCACCCAGCACUCCAAUCACCCAACAAGAAAGCAUGGUUUUAGACAAUGCCCAUCUUGAGUUGGAACCGAAUGGAGGCACUGUCGAUACUGAAUGAUGCCACAGCAUUGUCACUUCCUUAUAUGUUCUUAUUUUAUGAUCGUCAAUCAACAAAUAUGUCAUUUUUUAUCAUUUUUAGGCCUUGUAUCUAUUCCUAUCGAGCUGAACAGGCAGCCAACAACAUCAAAGACCAUCCGAGAAUAUCAAUUCAAGCAAUCAUCGGUUCAUUGCUAAAUUGGACAAAAACGGAAGAAAGCACCUGAUAUUGGUAGAAAAAUAGAGGAACUCUGCGAAUUCUUUUUCAUUUCCACAAUAUGUUAUAAUUGGAUAUCCAUUUAUUUGAUAUAAAUUUGCUCAUUGAGGUAAUGGGCAGAAAUGUACA